CUGAAACUCCAGCACCUCGACCUCUGGGCCAGCCUCCAUGGCCAGGUUCCGGGCUUGCUGGACUGGGACAUGGGCAACGAGUCGUUCCUGGCCUUCACCACGGCGCACCUGCCCCUGGCCGAGCAGAACCUUGCCAGGUAUAGACUUCGAAUAGUUGAACCACCAAAAGUACCUGUGGGAAAAACGCCCAACUCUGAUCAAGAUGGCCCAGCUCUUGAGCCCAACCUGUGGAUGUGGGUAAACCCCAGCAUCGUGUAUCCCCCCGGAAAGCUGGAGGUCCCAGAACCUCAUAAGGGAGAGGAUCUCCCAGGCGCACUCCCCUCCCCUCAGCCAGCCCCCAAAGAGGAAGACUUUGCCAGCUGCUCAGAGGCCACGGCGGUGGAGUCACUGCCACCAUCCUCGCCCUCCAGCGAGCAGUCUCCCCCUCAGAAGCGGUUUGCCUCUUCCCCCAGCAACUGGGAGCUCACAGAAGAGGAGGAGGCUGAGGACCAGGAUGACAGCUCCUCUGUGGCUCUCCCGUCCCCUCACAAAAGGGCCCCCCUCCAAAGUCGGAGGUUUCGGCAAGCCAGCAGCCAAGAGGGGAGGCUCUGGUCCCGGCCCCCUCUCAAUUACUUCCACCUCAUUGCACUGGCAUUAAGAAACAGUGCCCCCUGUGGCCUCAACGUGCAACAGAUCUACAGUUUCACUCGGUACGUGCCCCGGGGAGGGGGGGCCCUGUAA